UCUUUUCUGAGUGUCUCCUACUUGCGACAAGGUGGACUUGGGAGGGAAGCCGUCUGCCAAAGCCUGAAUCCUCCAAGCCAUAAACAACCCCAAAUGGCCUCCCAUGAAGUUGAUAAUGCAGAGCUGGGGUCAGCCUCUACCCAUCGUACCCCAGGCAGUGAGGUGGGACCAGACGAGCUGAAUAAUUCUGUCUACCAGCCCAUUGAUGGAUCACAAGAUUAUCAGAAAGGAAAAUUACAAGUUCUUGGGGCCAUUCAGAUCCUGAAUGCAGCAAUGAUUCUGGCUUUGGGUGUCUUUCUGGGUUCCUUGCAAUACCUGUUCCACCUCGAAACGCACUUCUUUUUCUUCACCUUCUACACAGGCUACCCGAUUUGGGGUGCUAUAUUUUUCUGUAGUUCAGGAACCUUGUCUGUUGUAGCAGGGAGAAAACCCACGAGAACAUGGAUACAGAACAGUUUUGGAAUGAACAUUGCCAGUGGUACAAUUGCACUAGUGGGGAUUGCUUUUCUCUCAGUAAAUUUAGCAGUUAAUAUCCUGUCAUUAAAGAGUUGUCAGUCUUCAAAGUCACCGGACCUAUGCAAUUACAUGGGCUCCAUAUCAAAUGGCGUGGUGUCUCUACUGCUGAUUCUCACCUCGCUGGAAUUAUGCAUAACCAUCUCUACUGUAGCCAUGUGGUGCAAAACAAACUGCUGUAAUUCAAGAGAGGAAAUUUCCUCACCUCCCAAUUCUGUGGAAUCAAGAAUACUUCCUUAUGAAACUAAUUCUGAGAGCAUGAAUAUUUGACCUUAAAUCUCCAGUGACUCAGAGCUUCACCCACAAACUCAGGAGAACAUGAGCCUGUUUGUAAAGCUCAAUCCUUCUACCAUGGCACCAAUCACAAGAACCUUGGACAUUUGACUGACUCUAUCCUUUCUCUCCUAACUAUAAAUCCUAUUUGUGUGUUGUGGGUAUGGAAGGACAGAUAUAUUUCUUUAGGCAUUCUUGGAUAUUUGUAACUUCUAUGAUCAUUACUCCAAAGUUGUUUCCAGAAAUUGGUUCUAUUUCUUCUUACCCACCUACUCCAUUGCUUUAUGAGGUUUAAGGAAGGAAGGCAGUAUAAUCCCUAUUCAAUAUAUUUUUUCUAAAAUCCAACUUCUGACCACCCAGUAGGAAGAAAAAUGAGACAUUUUUUCCAUUACAGAGAAAUGCUUCUUCACUUUAACUAACAUCAGCAUUAUAAAAGGUGUCAAAUAAAAAAUUACCAUCAUUGUCAUUAAAAUAAAUUUUCACUAUAUUUGAGAUAGGAGGGUUAAGGCUCAGGGAUUUUAUUUCAGUGAACUGCUAGAACUCACACAUGCCCUGAUAUGUAAAUGAUAAUUUAUGUUGGUGAGUCUGAGAGCAAGCCCAAAUGUGUUCUUCAAAGGACAAUGGGAAACUGUAAAGUAGAGAAGUAAAGAAUAAGGCCUUUAGAAUCUGACACAUCUGGGUUCAAAUUCUGAAACUGUCACUUAUUACCUGUAUGAACAUGGGCAAGUUAUCUAAUCUCUCUGACCUAUUUUUCCUCAUCUGUAAAAUAGGUGUAAUAAUAACAACUACUUUGUCAGUUGCUCUGAGGGUUAAAUGAAAAUAAAAAGAAAAUGUGAAACA